AACACAUCAAAUACAAUAAAAUUAGUGCGCGUGCGUGGAAAUUGCAUGAAAUCUAGCACACUGGCACAUUUCCAUAACCCAAGAAAUGGAAGUAUAAUAGCAGAAGGUUUAAGGAAAUAAAGUGUGUGGAAUCUGUUCUACAUAGGAGAUGUUAAUGAGCUUUUUUACAUGUUUUAUAUUAUUAAGUUGAGAAGGUGUAGAAAUGUCACGUUCAAAAUCUGAAAAGAUUGGAAAUGGUGGUAAAUGCGAACUAAGUGUAUGGACACGUGCGAUAACAGCGAACUCCGAAUGGCCAGAUAAAGAAGAAUUUCUUGAUGUUAUAUACUGGGCCAGACAAGCAAUUGGUAUUAUAGUUGGUAUAGGAUGGGGUCUUAUACCUUUAAAAGGUUUCAUAGCUCUACUAUUAUUUGUAUUAGUUAACGCAGGUGUCACGUAUCUGUAUUUUAGCAACUUUCAACAAAUUGAUGAGGAAGAAUUUGGUGGUAUAUGGGAAUUAACUAAAGAAGGUUUCAUGACAUCAUUUGCUGGUUUUCUGGUCACUUGGAUCAUUAUAUAUUCAGGGUUACAUUUUGAUUGAUUAGUUUCUGUGUAAGUGAUGAUUUUACUGAUAAGAACAUAAAUAUGUAUAAUAUUUUCCAAAAAUCAAGUGCGUAUAUGCAAUUGACCUCAUAAGAAUUUUUGUCAAGAGCAAUUAUUUUUCACAGUUCAUAUGAGCUUUAGACUUGUAGCACAAUAAAUACAUAAGAAUUA